GCUGGUUGGAAGAAGCAGCACGGCGGUGGGUGCGGCCUGCUGGAAAAAAAACAGGACUACGGCAUGAAGCUAGCAACGGCAGAGUAAGACACUGGGAAGACUGCGCACUAAGAAAUACAGCGUCUGAGAAAGAGGAGCCUUGCAACACAAAAUUAGAAGCUGCUGUGGCAACAAGGGCAACACGGAUUUGCACACGACAAUGGAGGUGCUGCUGAUUCCCACGGAAGCACUAUGCUGCAGAGUCACGCAAUAGGAAAGAAAUCUUGCCACCUGUAUCUGCACUGCAGGAAGCAGACAACCGUAGACUGCUCAGAAACUUGCUGCUCACAGGAUCGGAUAUGACAGGUUCUAUUGCACCUAGAGAACCUUUUAGAACAAGUUAUUGGAAGUUAGGUAAUAUAAAGAGGUGCCAGCCUCUCUUUCUCUACGCUGGGAUAUGGCAGUUAAUGUGUAUUCCACCUCUAUGACCAUUGAGAACCUGAGCCGACAUGAUAUGCUGGCAUGGGUGAACGACUCGCUGCAUUUUAGCUAUACCAAGGUCGAGCAGCUAUGUUCAGGAGCGGCAUACUGCCAGUUCAUGGAUAUGCUUUUUCCCGGUUCUAUACACCUGAAGAAAGUCAAAUUCCAAGCCAAACUGGAACAUGAGUACAUACACAACUUCAAAGUGCUACAGGCAGCCUUUAAGAAAAUGAGCAUUGAUAAAAUAAUUCCAGUAGAAAGAUUAGUGAAAGGGAAGUUCCAGGACAACUUUGAGUUUGUGCAGUGGUUUAAGAAGCUCUUCGACGCAAACUACGACGGGAAGGACUAUGACCCGUUGCAGGCCAGGCAUAGCCAGGAGGUGGUGGCUCCACACAAUCCAGUGCCACAGAGGACAUCCCCAACUGUGCCCAAGAUUGUGCCAGCACCUCAGAGGGUGUCCCACACAACACCCUUCAUGGGCGGCGGCAGAAAGAACAUGCCUGUUGCCCGGAAUGGUGGCAGCGAUGCAGAUGCACAGAUCAUGGAACUCAACCAACAGUUAAUGGAACUGAAGUUGACAGUGGAUGGGCUGGAGAAGGAGAGAGAUUUCUACUUCAGUAAACUACGGGACAUUGAGCUGAUCUGCCAGGAACAUGAAAGUGAAAACAAUCAAGUCAUCUCCAAGAUUAUAGAGAUUCUCUACGCUACAGAGGAUGGCUUCGCAUCUCCAGAAGAUGACAAAGUUGACGGACAACAGCAUGUGGACCAGGAUGAAUACUGAACCCGAUUUUGCCCCCCUGUCUCGUGUUUUCCUCUGUCUUUCUUUCUCUUUCCCGCUUCCCCCCACCCCGCCUCUCUUUAUCAUAACAGUACCCACGGCUGUUUACUAGCACUACAGUCUGAGUUUUUGAGUUGUACAGCCUUUUACCGCACAAUCACAUCAGCAACAGUAACAGACUCCUAAACAUUUCAACAUGGUGUAAAAAAUAAGUGGUAGGUAAAACAACAAACAAAACCUUAAACACUUCAUGAGAAAGAAAACACAAAUGUGAAUCUCAAUCUAUGAACAGCCCUUUGCGAUACUGAAUUUAAGCUUCUGUUUGUCAUACUGUACUUUGCAACAGGCAUUCAUAUUAUUUUAAAUACAAUGCACUGCUUCCCUCUAACACAAAUGCUGCAGCUGUAUACACCUUUCUACCACACCAACUGACAGCCUGUAUAAAUAUAAUAUAUUUACUUUGUAUAUUGUUUUCUUAAUGACUUUACUUGCACUUUGCAUAUUGUUUUGACAGUGAUCGUUUGAAAAAGAUUAGCCGUAAAUGAUGGUGACGAAUGACUACAAUGCAAGUCGUUUUAACUGCUUGUUUGUGUUUAAAAACACAGCAUGAAGAUUUAUUUUAUUUUUGAUUGGGGGGCAUUUAAGGAAGGACGUUUUCCAGUGAGCUGUUUGGAUCGCCCUGUUUAAUUGCAUAUCUAAAAGGAGCAUGUGAAUGUUUUAGCAGAUGGUUAAGGGCUAGAUUGGUAUAAUAUAUAUAUUUUUUAAGUUCUUGUAUUUGAAUAGCCCUCAGUCAGAAAGCAGGUGGAACUACAGCAAGAUUUAUAUAUUUUUUCGGUGUUGCAGAAACAAAUAUUAAACGAAAUACUGAAAUUAA